AUGGUGCUGUCAGGCCGAAAAAAAUGGGCAGACAUUUCAAACAUGAAUAUGACGAGUUUUGAGACAUUGGAGACAUUCUUUGAGAGCAUCAACAGAAGCUGUCCGGAGUUGAAGCGCAAAAAUGCUCCAAAUUUAGCGGCCAUGGAAGCAGUACAAGAUGUGUACCCGACUUUCAAUGCCUUCCUUUCACAGAAGGCAGACAGACAUGAUGAUAGAAGAUUAAAGGCAGAGCUGAAGAAGAUUAACGAAUUUUUGGAGAGUGAAGAUACCAAGUUUUUGGUUGACAAUGUCCUGUCCUUUGCAGACUGCUUUUUGCUGCCUCGUUUGCAGCACAUACGGGUUGCUGGUGAGGCUUAUCGAGGCUUUGAGAUCCCUAAGGAGUAUACAGCUUGUGGAAGUACCUGCUGAUGCCUACAAACAGAAGCUUUCAAGUCCACCAUGCCCCUGACCAGGACAUAAUUUUCCACUAUGAGAAGAAAGCUGCAAACCCACCAAGAAAGGGAAAAUGGAGUUCGCGUCCAACACUGCAGCGCUUCACAUACACAAUGAUAUCCCUCCACAGGUUGCUGCUGCUCUUAAUGGGUCUGAUGAGGAUGGCGACAGUUUGGAUAACCUAAUGCCACCCCAGAUUGAACAGGCCCAGCAUGCCUAGAUUUGUACUGGUUUUGUAAUGGACUUUUAUUUCAUUUGGAUGUUUUUAUUUUUUUUUUAAAGAGAAAAAAAAAUCAUUUAUCUAUCGUCUCAAGAUUUGUUUAAUGCUGUAUGCUUAAAAAAAACUUUUUAACCAGAUGAGAACUUUGAAAACACCCAUUGAUGUUGACAAGGUAUGACUGUGAAUGAGAACUUGCUUACGGAGAGAUAGUUGUAGCCCUAUUGCAGUUAUAUCUGCAGACCAAAGUUGCCGAUAGAUUUUCGUGCUCAGAAUAAUUUUAAUUGAAACUCUGUGAUGUGAAUAACUGAAGAAGCAUAUCUAGAUAUUUUAUUUUGUUAUUUUGUGCAGAUUAAAAUAUUCUUUCCCCUUUCACUGUCUCAUGUGCACCUGUUAGCAGACUUAUUUGUUUAAUAUAUUAAAUACAGUUUGGGGACCAGUGGAGUGUUGGACAACCUAAUUUGAAUUAAACUUUUCAGGUUUUCUAAUAGGAAAAUUCAGUUAUACUGAGAAGUUAGCUGUUAACCAUUGUCUUAAUAUAUAAAUUUGGUCAGAAUUAAGUGGCCAUGUCAAGAUAUUUGUUGCAUGUUACAUAGUGUAGGAAAAAAACUUGUUCUUGUUUUUCCCUUCCUACCCAGUUCCUCUUGUGGGAGCUCUGAUGGCGCAGUGGUUAGCACCUGUCACCAAUACAGUGUGGUUUGGCUGUCCUGGGUUCAGCUCUCGUCUUGGGCAUGUUGUUCAUUUCUCAGCAUAUGUCAUCUGUUUACAGGGCUGGCUACAAUAUAGCCUUAGUUGCUGGCUCAGCAUAAAACAUCAGUCCUCACCCUCAACCUCUGGGCUUCCAGGGUCCCUAGUUUCGUUUUAUGAUUUUUACUUGUUUAUAAUGAAACCAGAAGUACAUUAUAAAUUUAGAGUGCAAAAACUUUAAAUUUGAGAACAAAAUGAUAUUUUAAAUAUAAUCGAAUAAUAGCAUAGAAGCAAGAUGAGUAAAGAUAUCUGGGGAAGAUUUUUGUUACUUUACUGUGCCUUUCACAUUUUUCAUCGUCUUAAGUUUUAAAAAAUUAAAAUGGAUUACAGUAGCUGUAGUUGUAUGAAUGCCACAAGAAAUGCAUGUUGUCUUCACAGUGGGUGUACUGAAAAAAAAUUCAAAGUUUUUACAUUUCCUACCCCUCACACUGGCAUCUGCAUUCAUCUUCCUGUUAUAUGGAAAUAUGAAGAGAGGAUUGCUAAGUACUUCAGUGCCAGGCUUCCAUCAUGUUUUGUCAUUAUAUGUGUAACUCUUCUAAUAUAUUUGUACUGACCAUUUACCAAGUGCAUCAUGGCUUGUGUUACAUAAAGUACUUUUGUUGGAGAUAGUAAAACAAAGACUUCCCAGCUACCUCCCUAUUUAUAUGGCUGGAAAAUAAGUGACAAAUUAAAAGUAGUUUAACAAUAUUCCAUCUGCGAAAAGAAAAAUGGAUGUAAAUGAUAAAAGACUUUGCCGGUCAGCAUAGUUUGUCAGUCAUUGUGGUAACUAAUUUCCAGGCUGCAGGUAUGGAUCCUGCUGUACUCAUAUUGUAAAAUCCCAGGCUAGAAGGUUUUACAGACACCAUAUGUGUUAUAGGGCGCACAAGUUCUUGGGAACUUAAUUGUUAAUAGAGUUUUAAUUGUAGGUCAUUUUUAAUGACGCUCAAGAUCAAGGCUAUGCUGACAUCAUUUCUCCACUUUUUACUUGUUUAGUAGAUCUUGAUAUUGCAGAAGUUGCAGUUGAUUGAUGUUGUCAGGCAUGCUUAAAGUUUGCAAAAAGCACCCUGAUGGGACACCAGGAAGAAGUGCCUAUGACUUUUGAUAUGUUCUGAAGAAGUGUGUUGAAACCACCCUCAUCCUCAUCUCCCAUGCUAGAUUGAAUGAACAGCCAACAGUGCCUAAGCACAGCUGGCAAAGUUUGAGAAAUUUGAAACCCCAGUCAGCUUGAUCAGCUUUGUAAAAAGCUUCAGAAGUUGUGCUACAAUUUUGAUUUUUGACUCAAGCUGAUUGGAAAGCAAUGGCCAUUUUGUUCUUUCAGAAAAAAACUAGUCAGCCUUUGAAGUUCUCAGUACUUAAUCUCUUACACUGAUCAAGCUGCAGAUCAUAUACUUUGAUGUGUCAUUGUUUUGGGGUUAUUGCAAGUCUUUUUUUUUUUCAUUUUGCAAUAAAAUGCCCUUCGGCAAUUUAAAAAGGUAGAUUACACUUUAGCACUCAGACUUAGAAUUUAGAAAAGAAAUUUAGUUUCAACUUGAAAAUUCCUAAUUGUCACAAUAUGUGUAAUCUCUUCUAGAAGUAGUAGAAGAAAUAGCAAUUCUACAAACAUGUUUAUAGCACAGACCCUAUUAGUUUUUGUUGUUUUGUUGAUUGUUUUGUUUUUUGUUUUUGACUUUAAAAAAAGUUUGGUUGAAGAAGCUUGCUGGAUUUCAUGUACACACUGCAACAACAGCAACAACUGUUGUUGUGUUGAGUAUGGUGCUAUAUAGGUUUUGUAAACAUUAUUAGGAUGGCUUCUUCUAUUCUAUGAACCUUCUUGUACCUUUAGUCUCUCUCCCCUUUCCAUUUUAUAACCACUGGUGCUUUACUUAAUUCUGUGUACAUGAUUUUUACUUUUAAUCCUUAGCAAAAACCUUGUACAUGUUACAUUAUACUGUUCAGAUCUCACCCUAAAAGUAAUAAUUGAAUUUGUAGAGAGCAUUUCUCCAUGUGGAGGUGAGAUUAUACAGUUAACAUAGCUCUUCAGUUUUUCAGAAAGGUUUGCUUUUACGCUGGUCUAAAUAUGAUUGUUAAAACUAGACCCAAGCUUAGGGAUUAGUUUGUAUUCAUGCAUAGUUUCUGUGCAUAAAAUGAUAAUGAAUUUUUAUAAAUAGGAAUUUAAAAAAAAUAAAAAUUAGAUCAUGUCAAAAAUAGUGUAAUUAUGUGCCAACUUGUUACGCUAAAAGUCAUUGGUUUCACGGUGUAGAUAAUAUUAGUAGUCCAAUCAUUUACUAAGCCCAUACGGUCAAAACUUGUCCCAGAAUUAGGCUGUGCUGUCAUAUCUCUUUGUGUUGAUACCUCUGUUCUUAUACCUCAUGUUGUUAUCUUUACUAAUCUACAUUAACUACACCAUCGUCAAGGAUAUAUGCAUUUCUCAUGUCACUUCUGUAUGUUUAGGUCAGUAAUUUUGUUUUAUUUUGUAUACUUGAAUAGCUGUAUGCAUAAGCUAUUCAGUCCUAAAGCAUUAAUAUGUAUUUACACCCAAAAUUGAUCAUCGCUGACAGAAAUUAUUGUGGGUAUUCAAUUUGGUUAUGAUUUCUUUUCGUCAGCAUUUUGUUGUACCCCAUGUACCUUGCAUUAAUAUUUAUUCAGCCUGAAUCGUAUUAGGUCCUUCAACAUUAAUAUGGCUUGACAGAACACAUCUCUUGCCUUAAGGCGAAAAAAAAAAGCUUGCCCUUCUAGUCAACAACCAGAAGUUUGAAUAAAACAUUUUAUAUCCUAGCAGAGUUAUACAUUAUAAAACUAGCUAAUAAAUAUUUUCUUCAUCCAUUUUCUGUCUUGCAGGUGUGCAUAUGCAACAAAUAAGAAGUGAAGAAAAAUCAUUUGCAGUAGUUGAUGGUUUGUUUUUAUCAUAAAUCUUAAAAAUGCUUUUAUUUUUACAUCAUGCAAUUUUUGAAAUUUAACCUUUUGUUACUUGGGUGAUAAUUAGGUAUAGCUUUACUCGCUCAAGGUGAGAGAUGUGUUUCAUUUGUUAAGGCACUGGAAAAUUGUAGACAAAAUGCAGAUAAUGCAAAGAAAAAUAAACAUCACUUUAUGUACAUGCCACAUUUGCAGGUCUGGAAGAGUACAGCCUUUCUCACUGUAUCAACAGAUCCAUGUAAUCAUUAAAAGCCAUUACUAAAA